UGACUUUUCUAAAGCGUCUCUUACUUGCUAUAUUGGAGUACCCAAUUUGCACAGGAGUCAGGUUUCAUCUUUCUGCCGCCCUGAUAUCCGUGUCUUCUUGUUUCUUUCAAAGGGACACUGGUCGAAGAAUCGAUCCGGAGUGAAUAUGGAGACAAGGAAGCUCUUUUAUAUUUAUGUGCUUGCGUGCAUCUCAGUUUUUACUUUAUGCAAUUCAGAAUCCUCAGAAAAUAUAACUUCUGAACUUUCUAUGGAAUCUACUUGGACAACUGCAGCUACGAUGGUGAUAAGGCAAUCCAAAACGGAGGCUACUUUAAACACUCAAGAACAGUUCAGCGUGACAUCGGCGGAGUCUGAUGCCCUGCAGAGAGGUGGCACUUCACCCACUACAGAUGCCCAUGUCCCUGUAAUCUUUCAUUUACAAGAAGAAAGUAAUAAGAUGAAUGAGGAAAUCAGUGAAGAAUCCAACAGCUUUAAUGAAAUUAUAACACCAGAAGAAUCUCCUUUGGAUGGAUACCAAGAAACUUCUGAGCCUCCUCUAGUGAAUUUUGUGAACAGAAUGGCGGCAGCAGGCUUGGAUGCUUCUAAUUCAACCAGCGAUCUAAAGAUCGUCACAGCUUCACAAAGUCCAUUGAAUGCCACAGAAAAGUUUGCCUAUGGAAUGGAUACGUGGAAGGCAGGACUCAUUUCUAUGGCGGUGCUGUUAGCUGUUGGCACGUUUGCUAUGGCUGCCUACUGUUUGAAGAGCAAGAAAAAAAACAGCAAAAGAUUAAUAGCAGUUCAAGUCUGCGAAGACAGUGAGGCUGGUGAGACGAUGCAUGAAGAAUCCAAUGAAAACACAGUUACUGGCCGUGACUUGGCAGAUAAUCGGGUUACUGACGGUGAAAGUCCAGUGCAGCAUCAGUCUAAUGGAACUGAAGUGUCUGAACAGACCGCAGAGAGACACCUUGUCAGAGCUGGCGAUGUGAACAACCUCUCAAACAGCCUCAAAUCCAGUGGAGUUUAGAAAAGCAAAUGAGUUUUUAAUCGAGAUGCAUAUUUAGCAUGCACAUGAGAGAUAUCAUACCUAAUGGAAUGUUUCAUACAAUUAUUCGUGCAUUGAUCUUGUCCAGCAGCUUUAAUUUUAGAAGAAUCACUAAAUGCACCUUAAGCUGUAGCCAUUUUAAACAAAUGAGCACAAUACAACAUGUAGGCAUUUGAAAUCCAAAAAAGUCAUAGCCAAAUCUGCUUUUGUUUUAUUGUAAAUCAAAUCUAUUUUAU